AUGAUGAGACUCUUCAAUUCCUCAAAGCUACUCUCACUAUUCCCAGCUGCCUCUCCAAGCCUUGCUACCUUCUCCUUCAGCGACUCAUGCUCGAAAAUUAACUCCCUGCAUAGCUCUUGUGCCCUCUCACUCACCUGCUUCUCCAAACACUCCUUCAUGAACUCUGCUAUUUCAGGCUUUUCCACAUACUCCAUAAUACGGCAGAUCCUCUGUGCAUUAACCCUGAUGUUCUUGUACACUUUCCCUGAUACAUUACUGACUUUAAGAGGAAUCGCUCCCCUAAGUCCUCCCAAAAGCCCAAUGAUUCCAAUAACACUUAUUGCAAGCAUUAUCUUCCGCUCUCAACUGUAUUUAUACAUUUCUUUUCAAUUAUUCCUCAUAUGGAAAUCCUUAUUGAAACUACUCAUUAUCAACUUCCAGGUGUUAUAUAUAAGAAUGUUUAAGAAGAUUUUUGUAUUUAAUAAUUUCACCCAAAUUAACUUAUUCUUUGGCAUCAUUACCAGUAUCUUGGGGGGAAAUGAUAAAUAA